GCCAUCCCCGCCAUGCUGUCUCUAGACUUUUUGGAUGAUGUGCAGUGGAUGAACAAGCGGCAGCUCUAUUAUCAAGUCCUAAAUUUUGGAAUGAUUGUCUCAUCAGCACUCAUGAUCUGGAAGGGGUUACUGGUAAUAACUGGAAGUGAAAGUCCAAUUGUAGUGUUGCUCAGUGGCAGCAUGGAACCUGCAUUUCAUAGAGGAUAUCUUCUCUUUCUAACGAUUCGAGUUGAAGAUCCCAUAUGAGUGGGAGAAAUUGCUGUUCUAAGGAUAGAAGGAAGAAAGAUUCCUAUAGUUCACCGAAUCUUGAAGGUUCAUGAAAAGCAAAAUGGGCAUAUCAAGUUUUUGACCCAAGGAGAUAAUAAUGCGGUUGAUGACCGAGGCCUCUAUAAACAAGAGCAACAUUGGCUAGAGAAAAAAGAUGUCGUGGGGAGAGCCAGGGGAUUUGUUCCUUAUAUUGGAAUUGGGACGAGCCUCAUGAAUGACUAUCCUAAAUUUAAGUAUGAAGUGCUCUUUUUGCUGGGUUUAUUUGUGCUGGUCCAUCGUGAGUAAGAAGUCUGCCUUGCUGUUCCUGGGAAGAUGCCACACUUUUCGUUACUGGAUGUUUGGAGUAGAUGUUGGUCUGUGAUUGGUGGAAUGGAGAACACACGUGUUGGCGUUUCUUGGCAGCACUGGUUUGCAUUAGUUUAUGUUUCCACGCCAGAGUUUGUGU